UUAGCCAGUGCCGUCUUCAUUGGAUUUCGGAGAAGCCAGACCGGGAUUUUCCUCGGCUCUGCGCCCCGGGCAAACGCAGGAUGUCCCUGGGAAGCUCCGAGUGGGGCGGGCCGGGUGUCUGGCGCCGAGCGUGCUGGAGGAGGCUCUGGGGGGGGGGGGGGCGGGCCCGCCGGCGGAGCUGCCCUCUCCGCAGUGACGUCCCCGGAGGCGGAGGGGCGACAGGCUGGCUCCUCGCCCUCCCCGCCUACUCCGGGUGCCGGGUCCGUCGGUGUUGGGGAGAUGCUGCAGCUGCCAGCCGUUGGCGUUGCGGAGCGCGCCGCUGCCGGUACGCCCGCUCCACCGCCGUAGCGCCCGGGGGUCCGAAGGCGCACCCGAGCCGGGCCAUGCCGCGGGGAGCGGCGCCGCAGGCCGUGCUGCUGGCCGCGCUGCUGGCGGGGCUCCGGGGCGCGACGGGUCGCCUGCUCAGCGGUCAGCCAGUCUGCCGGUUAGGAACCCAGAAGCCUUGUUAUGAAGUCAUUUACUUCCGUGAUGCUUCUCGAAGACUGAACUUUGAGGAAGCCAGAGCAGCCUGCAGGAGGAAUGGGGGCCAGCUAGUCAGCAUUGAGUCUGAAGAUGAACAGAGACUGAUAGAAAAGUUCAUUGAAAACCUCCUGGCUUCUGAUGGCGAUUUCUGGAUUGGGCUCAGGAGGCGUGAGGACCAAAAAAGCAAUGGCACAGCCUGCCAGGACCUUUAUGCCUGGAUCGAUGGAAGCACAGCAGCAUUUAGGAACUGGUAUGUGGAUGAGCCUUCCUGCGGCAGCGAGGUCUGCGUGGUCAUGUACCAUCAGCCGUCGGCCCCCGCCGGCAUCGGGGGCCCUUACAUGUUCCAGUGGAAUGACGACCGAUGUACCAUGAAGAACAAUUUCAUCUGCAAAUAUUCUGAUGGCUUCAAGGAGCGAAGGGAGGGUAUGGUUUUAGCAGAACCCAGAGAAAUCUUGGAGUCAUGCAAGAGGAGCCACCCAACAGGAGCUAUAACCAGACAACACGAGAAGCCAACAGUUCCUUCUACAAGGACUGGAGGUGAAGAGACAGAGCCAGCAAUACCCAUCCUUCCAGAAGACACAGAGAAAGCAGAUGCCACAGAAAUACUGAAAGAAAGCAAAGAAGCUGCCUUGAGCCUUGCCUACAUCCUAAUCCCCAGCACUCUCGUUCUCCUCCUCCUUGUGGUCACCACAGCUGCCUGUUGGGUUUGCAUCUGUAGAAGGAGGAAACGGGGGCAGCCGGACCCCAGCACUAAGGAGCAGCGCCCCACCUGGCCGGCUCCUCAGCCCGGGAACAGCCCGGACCUGGAGGUUUACAACGUCAUACGAAAGCAGAGCGAAGCUGAUCUGGCCGAGACCCGCCCGGACCUAAAGAACAUCUCGUUCCGAGCGCGCUCGGGAGAGGCCUCGCCGGACGCCGUGUCUUGUGACUACGAAAACGUGGCGGUGAACCCGUCUGAGAGCGGGUUCGUGACGCUGGUGAGCAUGGAGAGUGGCUUCGUCACCAACGACGUCUACGAGUUCUCCCCGGGCCGAGCGGGGAGGAGCAAGGAGUCCGGAUGGGUGGAAAAUGAAAUCUACGGUUAUUAGGAGGCUCGAAGGAACCCUGAACUGACAAGAAUGGGAAGGGAGAGAGAAGCAAUUUUCCUAUCAGGGAAACACGCGGAAGGUCUCCGAAGGGGCUCAGAUCAGGUCCUGGGGGUGAGCAUGAGACGGUUUGCGCCCCCGCUGGAGCCCUGGUUUGGGCUGUGUACCUUAACCCAGCCCCUCACCCGGCUGGCAUCUCUAAGAAGCACCUUGCCCAGGGGCUGGCACAUGGUAGAAAAUAAAUACCUGAUUGUUAUAACUGA